GGUGUCGUUGGUUCUUCGACUGCAUUAAUAGCAGUUCUACGAGAUGAUGAACUUCGGAUAACAAACAUCGGUGAUUGUGGAAUAUGUGUUAUUCGUAAUAAUAAUAUCAUAUUCAGAAACGAAGAGCAGCAACACAGCUUUAAUUAUCCCUUUCAAUUAGGCAUUUAUUCUUAUGAUAAACCGAAAGAUUCUCAAGAAUUUACGAUUAAAAUUCAAAAAGGAGAUUUGAUAGUUAUAGGAUCUGAUGGUAUCUUUGACAAUUUAUUUGAAGAUGAUAUACUCGAAGAAAUUGCUCAAUUUAAUAAUACUCAAAAAGGUGGUCUAAGAGUAGAUCCUCAAGUGAUUAGUGAUUCUCUUGCAUGGCGCGCUAAAGCUGCUAGUGAAGAUGUUAAUAAUGUAAGCCCUUUUCAAAGUCGUGCUAUGCAAGAAGGGUUAUACUAUCAAGGUGGUAAGAAAGAUGAUAUAAGUGUAUUGGUGGCUAGUGUAAUAUAA